UUUAUGUGUCUCGAUCUGUUUUGUUUUUGAGUUUCUGCCUGUGAAUGUAAGCCAUAAUUCAUUUUCUACUUCUUUUCUCGUCUACUGUAACUGAAGAGGAACUUCAAAUUGAUAACUCAGGUUGUCCUCUCUUAUUUUAUUGCACACAUAACAGUGAAGGAGGAAAGCCAAGGUUCUGCUUUUAUUGAAGUCUGGAGUAUUUACUGUGUGUCAUACUAAGCAGAACUCUCUUGGAAUUGAGCAAAGAGAGAAUUCGAAGUACUGUCCAACAAUAUUACCCGUAGAAAACUGAAUUCCCGGCGACAAAUUUCCAAUUGCUCAAAGCAGCGUGAGCAGUGAAUGCCGAGAGAUGGUGGAGCUAUGUCGGACAAUGGCGUAGUGAAGGGAGGUGACGGCCCUGUGCUUUCAGAGAACGAGAGGAAAUUAGCUGGGCAAGCGCAGAAUGCCUUCGAGGCUGGGAGUUAUGGAGAGUGCCUGUCCCACCUGGGUCGCCUGAGAGAGCUGCGGCCUGCGGAUCAUAAAGUACUGCACAACAUUGCUGUUGCUAGGUAUUAUUAUUCAGGCCUGACACAGACUGGCGACUUCGUGCAGUCUUUAUCUGGAUUGAAAACACAGCUGGAAACCUCAGCGGGUGAUGGCGGUGAAGUGGAGAAGCGAGUGCUGCUCUUCAAUUUGGCGACAGUUCACUUCCAGCUGCAGCAAUUUGCUGUAGCGACCAGCAUUGCCGAGCGCCUACUACCGCGUGUAGAUCUGUUCAGUGAUAGCUUUUCCAGGUCGGUGUACUUCCUUUUGUGUGAUCUCUACUUGUUGACGUCUGAGACAAGCAAGGCAUCAUGGCUGAUUUCGAAGAUUGACCAGUAUCUGCUGGCACAGAACAACUCCCAGUUGAGCAAUGUCAACAACAAGGGGGAGCGAAGUCAGCAUGCUGACAGGGAGAGGGCCUCCAAUCCACUUGGCGACAGAGAGCUUUACCGCCUUUGUCAGCUGAAGUUUCGGCUAUGCUUGAUGAAGCGAGUAGCGAAAAACAUGUGCAAACGGGAAAUGACCAAUAUGAUGUCCACUUCUCACGGCACGUCACAAGGGGCUCUGUUCCUGAAGAGCCAGUUUGAGUUCAACAACCAGAAGUACACUAAGGCGGCCAAGCUACUCUGCGACUGCUCUCAGCUGUCGUCUUCCAACGCGGCGUCGUCGGACGAGCUGAGCCUGCGUCGCGCCAACGCGUCUGCCCUGGGCACCAGCCACGCGUACCAGGACGACCUGUUCUACAACAACAUGGCGUGUGUCUACAGUCGCAUGAAUCGCCAUCACGUGGCCGCCUUCUACUGCCAACAGGCGCUCUACCUGAACGGCGAGCAGCUAGCAAAGGCAGCCACUGAACACGGCGUAUCGUGCCUGGCAACACUGGAUAUCUACCACCGCCACCGCCAGCUGCUCUACAACACCGGCGUCGAGCUGCUGUUUGCCGGCCAGCCCGAGGCGGCCUUUGCCAGCCUGCUGGACGCCAGCAAGGCACUCUACUCUAGCCCACUGCUGUGGCUGCGCCUGGCCGAGGCAUGCAUUGCCGUUCACCAGCGCGAUACGCACGCUGCUGGAGCUUCUGCUAGCAGUGGUGAUGGCAGCGCAGCACGGCGUAACCAGCAACAGCAGCAGCAGUCCAGGCCCAGUCUGAUCCGGGCUGGCGUCGGAAAUGGUGCGCAUCACAAGCUGAUUGUCACAUCCGCUGCUGAACACCUGGGGAAAAGGACGGAGACAGCAGCCAUUCCAGCCUUGACCCUUGAGUUUGCUAACCUCUGCCUAAAGAACUCAUCAUUGCUCCUGAAGCAAUGGUCACCUACGGCAUCCCGCGACUCUCGGACGAACCCGAUGGCUUCGGGGAGUGCAGCAUCAGCAGCGCGAGGACAGAAUUCACUAUUUACAUCCCAUGGCAAUGGCCAUGAAAACGGGCUGGACGCUGGCAGCAAUGGGCUAAGCAGUGACGUUCAUGCACGCAGUUCAGCACUUGACUCUUGCCCGCCGAGUACUGGUCAGCAACGCUUUCCACACCACACGGUCGACGCUGUCCCACUUCGAGCGUCAGUACUACUCUGCAGUACCUACGUGUCGCUGUGCCUUGGCAACUUUGUUGUGGCGCUGCACCGCGCCCAGGACCUGCUACGCAUGCCCUCGUUGCCGGGCAUGUUCCGUUGCCAUGGCAGCCUGUACGCUGCCGAGGCGCUGGUGGAGUUGAGUCGUGUGGAGGAGGCUAUUGUCGUCCUGUCACCGGAAACACUCGCUGAUAUGAAUGCCUAUCAGUCGGCACACCAGGCUGAUGGUAGCACAAGUUCCGCUGCUCACAGAACAUCGGGUGCCUACUCAUCUGUACAUUAUAAUAACCUCUAUCCCACCUCUCCGUCGUCUCUGUCGGCCGGCAAAGCCUACCUGUACCUGAACUUGGCAUCGGUACACUCUCUCAACAAUGAUGUAGACAGGGCGAAACGAUGCUUGCAACAUGCAUGCGCAUGUCUUCCAGCCCAUGAGCUGCCACAGCAAGCCAUCCAUCUUGCUGCCUUCCUGGAACUGCAGUCGGGUAACAGAGCAGCCGCACUGCAGAUCUUGAAGCGACACCAUGUCCCACCAGCCAUGAUGACCAAGCAGACUGGCGAUGCCGCCAUGGCCACCAAGACGACGGCCACCAGUGGUGCUGCUGCUGGAGGAGGCAAGCGCAGCCGCAAGAGUUAGCCUGGGUGUGCCUGUGUGUGCUGCCGCUGCGGGCAUGUGCACUGCUGUCUUUAGACUGGAGGAACCGGCUGGGGGAAAUCCCCGACUUGAUUGUGUGUGUGCGUGUGUGUGUGUGUGAGCUGUGUACAGUAGUAUCAUGUGCUGCACGUGAUGUCGGUUGCUGAUCUCCUUAGUGCUAGUAGUGUGUCUGUGCUAGUGUGUCUAUUGUAUGCUUGCUUUCCUGCCAGUGAGUUCUCACGCUGUGUUGAUUUCUCCCUUUUCGAAGUGUGUUUGUGUUCUCACUUGAGGUACGGUAGUUGCCUCUCUCCCAUUGCCACGACAACUGCAACUUAACUGGCUGCAUGCAUAUUAUUAUAAUCAUAAGAAUUAUUCCCGCCGCCUUGUCAUCUCCACUCUCAGGGUGCGCUCGGGAUUGUCUGUCUGUCUGUCUGUCUGUCUCUGUCUGUCUGUAUUGGUACGAUUUUUUGUUUUCCGCUCAAUUUACUUCAAGGAUAAGAAAAAAGAUACAGAUUACAGCAAAUUUCAUAGCAGCCUA